AUGAAAAGAAACUACCAAGUGGGGCAGCUAUAUUCUGUGGCUGAGGCCAGUAAGAAUGAAACAGGUGGUGGCGAAGGUGUGGAAGUUCUGGUGAAUGAGCCCUAUGAGAAGGAUGGCGAGAAAGGCCAGUACACACACAAGAUCUACCACUUACAGAGCAAGGUGCCGACGUUUGUUCGAAUGCUGGCCCCAGAGGGAGCCCUGAAUAUACAUGAAAAAGCAUGGAAUGCUUAUCCCUACUGCAGAACUGGUGUGUCUAAUCUAAGGCCAAAGGUGCAUAAAUUGGAGCCUGAGACAUGGAAGCAUGUGGAAGCAGUAUAUAUAGACAUUGCAGAUAGAAGCCAAGUACUUAGCAAGGAUUACAAGGCAGAAGAAGACCCAUCAAAAUUUAAAUCAAGCAAAACAGGCCGAGGACCUUUGGGCCCCAAUUGGAAGCAAGAACUUGUAAAUCAGAAAGACUGCCCAUACAUGUGUGCAUACAAACUGGUUACUGUCAAGUUCAAGUGGUGGGGCCUGCAGAACAAAGUGGAAAACUUUAUACAUAAGCAAGAGAAGCGUCUGUUUACAAACUUCCACAGGCAGCUGUUCUGUUGGCUUGAUAAAUGGGUUGACCUGACUAUGGAUGACAUUCGAAGGAUGGAAGAAGAGACGAAGAAACAGCUGGAUGAGCCUGUGGGUGUUGGGAGACUUGGAGGACCGUGCGCAGAGGCCACCGAUUUGAGAUCAUUAGUGAAACGACGGGAAGUGGCGGGGCAGUGCGGGCGUGGCGGUGGCUUCCGCCGGAAAGCCAGGAGGCCGCCUCGCGCAUGGCUUGCUGGGAGCCGCGAAAAGUUCGGGGUGCCGGUGUCCACCGCACACCGUCUGCCGGCCUUUCACGGUUUCGCGCUCGCUGGAGAGUCCCGCCUCUUUCCCUAG